AGUUUUGAUGGAGGCUCUAAGGGAGCAAGAUGGCUGCGCCCACGGUCGAUUCUCGUGCGAGUACAGUUCGAGGCAAAAAGGGAAAUAAAAACUAUUUUCCGGUGAAGAAUGCAAUAACAUCUCCUUUCUCGUCUGAGUGGCCACAGCUCUCUCAAGAAGAGACAGCCACCAUACUUCAGAAAAUCACAAGCGCCUUCACUCCCCAUGCAGAAAGUCUGGCUAAGCAGCCCUCGAAGGGAAAAAGGAAAGUCGUCUCCGAAGAGGCCAAAACAAAACGAGCUUUCCUGAGAUCUCAGCUGGCACUCGGCGUCAACGAGGUGACGCGCUCCUUGGAGCGAGGCGGGCUCCGCCUGGCCGUGGUCUGCCGCUCGGCCCAGCCAGCCCUCACCACCAGCCACCUGAUGUCCCUCGGUGCCACGCGGGAUACCCCCGUGCUGUGCCUGCGCGGGCUGAGCUCCACCCUGGCACCCAUACUGAAGCUCAAGGUGCUCCUGGCUGUCGGUUUCAAGAAACUUACAAGCGAUGACCCAACUGCCUUUGAUGAUCUUGUUAAUUUUAUUGUUGCCAUGACACCGCCAAUCGACAUCCCAUGGCUCCAGUACAAAGAGUUGACCCUAGACCAACUCCGUCAGGUCGUCACAAAAACCGUGCUUAGGGGAAAGAUGAUGGACAAGGGCGCAGAGACGCAGAAAGCCAAGGGCAAAGGAAAGGGCAAAGGUCAAGGAUCAUCUGGCGUGGCAGCCCCGGACCGUGCACAAGCAGGAACUUCAAGUGACAGCAAAGGCCAAGCGGACAGAAAUCCAGAUUCAGGGGCCAUAGCCCAGGUCCCCGACAAAGCAGCAGUGGCAGUCCACCCUCCAGAGAAUGUCACAGCCCUGGAACAUGUACAGCGCUCGAGUGAAAAUCAAAGUAAAACUGACGACAGCUGUAAGCAAGCACUACAUCUGUCCAAAGAAACUCCUGUGCUCCAGAGUCAGGCAGCUUCGAAAGUGGACGAGACCACAUCACCGCAAAUGGCCAACGAGAAUCCCGAAAAGAAGAGACAGUUAUCAGGCAGUCCUCCGGGCCCCUCCAAGAAGAGAGCUAAGAUGGUACUGCGGCCGGACUACAGACCCGUCACUGUCCUCCCGGUCAAGAUCAUCCCGAAAGAACUGAAGAACAAGAAACAGCUGAAGAAAAAGAGGAAAAGGAACAAAAGGAAGAAGUAACACAAUAACCGUCUCUUGUGGGUAAUGGCUCAGCGAAUGGUGGGCACAGUUCAGCCUUCCACUGCAGACAAAUUUUGAUCAGUUUCAAAGAAACUUCAGUACAAGUAUCUAUCCUAAGGGCAUACCUGUGGUCUGAAAAUAUCUUAAUGUUCAGUCAGCUCAGAUGAAAGUCAUGGCAACUUUAAUUUUGCGACAGUGCUUUGCUCUUGCAUUGUACAUGCGUUUCAUGUAAUUUUGCUUUUUUAAGUGUGGAAAACAAACACCCCUGCUAUUUAGAGCCAAUUUUUGGUAAGCUUUUUUUAGUACCGAGUACAGAAUAACUAUGAAUUUGAAUGUUGCUUUUUGACAGUGGGCCAAAAAAACACAUGGUGUAGCCAGGGUUUGCACUGGGGGAUCAAGUGGGGAAGCUGGAUGGGCUAGCGUUUUCUCAAUAAGUUCAUUGGUUUCUUCCAAAUUCCAAAUGUCUUCCAAAUUUCC